UAUUUUGAAGGAACCGGAAACGUCCGUUUAAAGGACUGUACUUGUACCUCACCUGUCUCAGGUCUCCGCUGUCACCGGGGACCGGUUAAAAAAAAAAAAGGAAAAAAAGUAGGAAGAUCCCAUGUCUGGCGAACUUGCCUAACAUCGGGGGGUGGGACUCGUUAAACAUGGCGGCGACAAGGGACGUCUUCGUCGAUAGAUAACCGCAUCCGAGCAGCGGAAGUAUCGGAACAUCAGAACAGUUCGGCCGACACGGUGCCGAUUCAUCGUGUUGUGCGGGGCGGAGAGGACCGAAGAGGUAGAAUACAUCCGAAGAGGGCACGUCGACCGCACAGUUGUCGUCAUGACCACCUCUCAUUUACACCCGCCAGGUGCCAUGAGCGGCGAGCUGAACGUGCCGAUGGGUUCCCCGGGGGUCUCGGAGCGACGGCCGGACGGCGGGGGCAUGGACUACAGGGACUGGGUGCGGCGCAGCUACCUGGAGCUGGUGAGCUCCAACCACCACUCUGUGCAGGCGCUGUCCUGGAGGAAGCUCUACCUGAGCCGGGCCAAGCUGAAGGCCUCCAGUCGGACCUCCGCGCUGCUUUCUGGCUUUGCGAUGGUGGCCAUGGUGGAGGUGGAGCUGGAGACGGAGUACGACUACCAUCCCGCGCUGCUCGUCGCCUUCAGCGUGUGCACCACCGUGCUGGUGGCGGUGCACCUCUUCGCCUUGCUGAUCAGCACCUGCAUCCUCCCCAACGUGGAGGCCGUCAGCAACAUCCACAACCUCAACUCGGUCAGCGAGUCGCCGCACGAGCGCAUGCACUACUACAUCGAGCUGGCCUGGGGCUUCUCCACGGCGCUGGGCAUCCUGCUGUUUUUAGCCGAGGUGGUGCUCAUCUGCUGGAUCAAGUUCCUGCCCGUGGACUCCGGCGGGCGCCAGAAGGCGAGCGCCUGCUGCUCCUCCUCGCCGGCCAGCACCACGGCGGCCCCGCAGCACAGCGGCUGGAACGCCGCGCUGGCCGCCACCAUCAUCAUGGUCCCGGUGGGGGUGAUCUUCGUGGUGUUCACCAUUCACUUCUACCGCUCUCUGGUGCGCCACAAGACGGAGCGCCACCACCAGGAGAUCGAGGAACUGCACAAGAUCAAGAUUCAGCUCGACGGCCACGAGAGAGGCCUCCUGACCGUGUGACGGCGGCGGCUUUAAGGACCCCCCUCCUCUCUCCCCCCGCGAGACUCUGAUCUCUUCUCUGACAUUCGUUCGGGUCGUCGCAGAGGCCUUUUGCUUGGAUUCAGCUUUAAAAGCGCCUCACUUUGCCGCCCAGCGUCAGACUGCUCAUUUAUUCUUAAGACGCAUUGUCAGACUGCUUUUUUUUUUAUUUAUUUUUUUUCGAUCUGUUACAUCGGUUAGUCCAGGAUUAAUGUAAAAGCUUUACUGAAAAAAGGGCUACUGUGUUCUGAGUGCCAUGUCGGUGUUUUCCACUGUCGGGUUCGGUGACGACAGCCAGUUACAUUUCAAAAGUGGUUCCGUAGUGUCAAAAGCGCCUGGAUUCACUGUGAGACCAACAAAUCCCUCUUUGAAUAUUUAAUGUGCUGACGGAGGCGGCAUCGCUCCUCGCCGGAGGAGACGGCAAACGCCAAACCAUGUGACCCGUGUGAGGACCGGUCUCUCUGUCGGCUGAUUUCUUUGUGGUUGUUGUAGCGAAGCUCUGCUAAAAUGUUAUUUUGCGUUUUCGUAAAAUUUGUUAGGUCCAGAUGCCUCAACACUUUUUUUCCCCUCCUUUUUAUAAUCUCUUAUGAAGACGCGUAAAUAUGAAUGUGUCAGUGCCCAAAUAUAGUUCUGCCUUACAGACUUAUUGCCUAAUUUGUACUUCUUCUUUGCUGAAGGUCAUAAAACAAGCUGACCUUUUCUUUUUGCUAAGAAUGUAUCCAAGACAUAGCUGAGCAGGAUGAGACGAGGACCGUCCCCAGUACACGCUGUACUCUUUACCAUGUCCUCCUCCAGUUCAGCCGGUCUUUUGACAUUUGGCUUCGGGCGUGUUGGUAAAAAAUAUAUUUUUUAAAAGAGUCAUUUUCUUGGAGGAUGUCUGAAUGUGUUACUGCAUUCAAAGAAGAAGAGCUGUUAUCGCAAAAACUGUUAUCGCAUUCCACGUAAGAUGACCAAAGUGCUGCUCAGUUUGUCUUCCGAGAAGAGACAGAAGAGCACUUGUAGUUUAGCUGUGUGGGGAAGAUGAAAUUCACAGCCCGUAAUAAAGAAAUGCCGUAUUUAGACGUAUGUACUUGUGUCUGUCUGUUCUUGUCUCAGGACUCACAAGACAAGAACGCACCUUCAGGUUACUUUAAAAAAAUAUAUUGACCUACAAUUUCUUUGACAUACUACACUUGGCUGUUUCAUCAUACUGUACUAUGACUCUUUUAUGAUCUUUUCAUACAUGCUAUAAUAUAUUAUGCAAUAAUAGAUCAUUUAUAAUGUGCUUUUUACACAGUACUAUACUAUAACUUUUUACUUACUAUACUGUAACUUUUUCAACCACUAUUCUAUGAAUUCUUUCCAAAAACUAUAAUUUAUUAUGAAUUUGUUACAAAGUAUUUUUAAUACGAUGCUAUGUUUUACGACUUACUAAAAUAUACGCUUUUCUUUUUUUUGCAACACACAACUUUGACUUAUAACAUGUUGAAUGUAGAAUGAUAUUACAUAUUCAACUUUUUCAGAUAAGAGAUCAAAUAAGUAACAUUAGUCACACAAAUAAAUAAUAGUUUUAACAGUUAAAGCUAUAAUGAAUGCACAUACGAAGUACAUUGAUUUUGAUCUUGCAGUGUCUGGUUUUUAUUUACACACACGGUAGUAAGGCCUGGCGGUAUAGAUACCGGUGCAGAUAGUCUCCUGCGUGGGGCUGUACUGUCUUUUUUUUUUAUAUUUUGAUAUAUUACUGUUACAAUUACUUAAUUCACCAUAUGACUUGUAUUGAUAUCCUACACUUUUUUCAGCAUACUAUACUGUGACAAAUCAAUUAUAUGAUGACUUCUUUCUACAUACAAAACAGCACCGCUUUACAAAAAAUGUUGACAUACUAUAUAUUUUUUUACAUAAUACAGUGACUUUUGAGAACUUUUUCUAAACAUAGUAUCCUGUGACUUUCAUGGGCAUACCAUCCUAUGACCUAAUUAUUUCAACAGAUGAUUUUUUUCCCUCCAUGCUUCCUAUUUUAUAAAACUUUGAAGAUGCAAGAGAGAAAUAAAAACAGAUCAAAUGUACGGCCACGUUCAAAGUUUCAACCAAGUAAGAUUUAAUGUCUUACAGAGAACAGAAUUGAAAAAAAUGUUUUGAAACCAAUUUCAGUGUAGGAGGCAAAACAUUCAUGGCAGAAUGUUAGUUAAAUGACUCCAAUAUUUUGCUUUUAUUGGAGAUCUUAAAAUAACCUGUUGUUGACUCACUUCUAUUUGCAAAAAUUACAAAAUCAGAAAGCAGGAAAAUAGAAAUGUCCUGAUACGAUGUGUAAUAAUUCACUGCACCCACCCGUCCCCGUCUACUACCAAAGAAUGAGGUUUUUGGAGUCUGCCUGCACUUUUAUUUUCGGGCCAGCAGGUGGCGAGCAAGAAUUUCAUAAUUCACAGUGUGGCAGCCCAAAUCUGAAUUUACAAACCACAAUCAACAUUUCACCAGAAAGAAAAUCUAAAAACGAUGAUGGUGACAUACCGUCUCUCAAAGGGAUGCAACUUCAUCAUCUACAUAUUACAUUGCAAAACCUUCAAAGCAACCACAAAAAAAAGAAACAUGAACGCCUCACGUCUAAGAAUACAGGUACAGAUCAUAAUAUAAUGAUAAUAAUAAUACAGGCCAUUCUACGUCAAUUAGACGAAGCUAUUUUAGUUCCAUUACAUGUCAAAAUAAAUAUGGACCGUUUACAAAGUAAAUCAGAUCAUGUUUUGAUAUCUCAAGAUAGAGAUGUUUUCAGCUAAAAAUCUCAACUCAAGAAACAUUCGUAUUUAAACUCAUUUUACAUUUUGUCGUUAGUGCAAAUCCAAGUGAACGAGUUGCUGAAUUUGCAAGAUGUAAAAUAUUUAUAGUUCAAAAAGGACUUUUAAAGUGUAUAAAUUUCUCAUCUUAUUCAUUGCAACUCAUGACUCACUAUGUCCUUUCUGAUAAUAAAAAAAAAGCAUAAGCUCAUAUUAUGAAAUACUCCAAACAUAUAAACUUGCGCAACGCUCUAGUUGAGCUGUUGUCCAUGUUGACUGGAAUGUU